GUUACCAUAACGUCGCGCUCUAAUUUUGGAAAAGAGUUUCGUUUUAUUUCAUUUCUAUUCUGCGACAACUAAAACCCCAUGCAUUAAUGGAAGUAGUAGCUCCUCCGGGCAUUUUCUGAUGUCAGUCAAGAAUCUGCUUCUCCAGUCUGUCCACCCGGAGGAGAUAAAAUGUGUUAUAUGAUAUUGUCUCGGUUCGUAUGAAAAUUUACACGAUGAUGCAAGGGGGAGCCUUGUUACGAGGAAAAUUUACAUUGAUUUCACUUGGGCAGCAGAAGGAAGGUGGAUUUUUAGCUUCCAGUUACUGUAGUAGUUCACAUGGUGGGAAAUUAUGCAGAGUCUUCGAUUCGUUAAGCUCUUCUGAAAAUCAAUUGAGAUCCUUAGAUUCUUAUUUCCAAAAGCUCCACAAUGACGGUAUGCAGUCUUCUUCAAGAUCAUUCGGUAAAAGAAAGCAGUCAUUUGAUGCAAGCGAUGACUUAAAAGCAAAAAAGGGGUUGGCAGCUCUAGAAGAAUACCUUGGGAAAAUCACUGAAGAUGCAAACUCAACAAAGUAUAUUUCCUCUUCUUCUGGAGACAAAUCUUGUGAAACAGUACCAAGCUCUCACGUCAAGAGAGUCUAUGAAAGUUCUCAAUUGAAGAAUUAUAGAACUCAUCUGCAGUUGACUGGGGUUGCUCAGAAGAUUUCAGAUGACGAAGUAUCCAACUUUUACUUAAUAGGAUUACUAGCUUCUAUAAACAUUGCCGUGUUCCUGUUUGAAUUAGCAAGUCCAAUUAGGAACUCUGAGUUACAGCUCUUUUCAAUUCCAAUGGCCUAUGGAGCAAAGAUAAAUCAUUUGAUCCUAGAUGGAGAAUGGUGGAGGCUAGUAACACCUAUGUUUCUGCACUCUGGAGUUUUCCAUAUCGCCCUUAGUUGUUGGAUGCUCAUGACCUAUGGGCCUGAAGUAUGCCGUGCAUAUGGCUCAGUAACCUUCUUUUUGAUAUAUGUGCUCGGGGGACUUUCUGGCAAUCUGAUCAGCUUUCUUCAUACACCAGAUCCAACUGUAGGCGGGACGGUAAACAGCAUCUCACCCCUUAAAAUAAUGGGUCCGGUUUUUGCUAUAAUUGGAGCAUGGCUUGCCUAUCAGAUUCAGAACCGAGACAUGGUGGUGGAUGAUGGUCCUAAAAAAAUGCUUCAGAAAGUGAUAAUUGCUACUUGUCUCAGCUGUACACUAAGCAAUUUUGGUCCUGUUGAUGACUGGACAAAUGUAGGAGCAGCUUUUACAGGUUUAGCAUAUGGUUUUCUCACAUGUCCUACGAUUCAAGUGGAUGAUAAAGCUUCAGAAAGUGGUCAAGAGGAAGGAAUCAGACUUACUACAAGAUACACGGAUUCUUGUAAAUCAGUUGUCUACUUCUGCCUCUUCAUCCUGCUGUGGAGCUCUGUAUUCUUUGUAACUGAUCCUCCACUCUACUCUCUUGCUGGAGACGAUCUCAACAUUGGUAUGUAAAGCAGAUAUUCCAUAGAAGGAACUACGUAUAUGCAAGAACUUGUAUGGGUGUCUGCAAUACCCUUUUUCAGAGCCCUUUUUCACCCUUGUACGGCUGUCUGCUAGGCUAAAUUUUACCUCACCUAAGUAUGUGUUCUGAGAGUCUCUUUAGAGCCUGUUUUCUGUAGCAACGAGGACCUAAUGGACUUUUCAUACUGAAAUCCUUUCUGUC